AUGGAUGAGGACUGUGCCAAUCCCCAGCUUCUCGGCUGGGUCAAGGAGUGGCUCAACCAAGCCCGGGAGCGCAACUCUAAAGGCAUCACGACAUAUAGACGCGCUUACGACGCACUCAAAGCAUGCCCCCUCACAUUUCAGCACCCUUCAGAGCUUCAGCAGCUCAAAGGCUUUGGCCCUAAACUUUGCGAGCGGCUGGAGGCGAGCCUCAAGAAGCAUUGCCAAGAAAACGGGCUACCUAUGCCCGAGCAUCCGCGAAUGAGAAAACAGCGAGCACAGGAAACGGAAGGCGAUGCACAGGCUGAAAGCAUCAAACCUAAGAAGAAGCGAGCGCAAAAAGCGUACGUGCCGACUCUUCGUUCCGGGGCCUAUGCUCUUAUCAUAGCGCUUGCGACCCUCCCGGAGGACGACUCGACUGGCCUCACCAAGACGGAGCUCAUCGAAAUCGCACAGUCUUAUUGUGAUGCAUCAUUUAGUGCUCCGAGCGAUCCCACCAAAUUUUACACGGCGUGGAGCUCAAUGAAGACUCUGGUGCAAAAGGAAAUGGUUUAUGAGCGCGGUCGCCCGCUUCGUCGCUAUGCACUGACGGACGAGGGCUGGGAAGUUGCGAAGCGUGUAAAACGAGCAAAUGGGAUGGAAACCGAAGCAUCCGGAAGCAACAGUAUCACAGGAAAUAUUCCCUCGCUCCCGCCUCCUGCAGAGAGGACACCGUCACUGUCGCCCGAGCUGGCGGUCAUAUCCGAAGCUCAACGACUUGUCCGCAACACGGUGCCAGACAGUCCUCAAGCAGCCAACGACAGCUCUAUACCCGAAUUCUCGUCCAUCCGGCUCCCACCCGGUUCCUUCACCGUGCAUCUGCUCCUCGACGUGCGCGAAGUCCGGGCCAAGACGGACCGCGACUACAUACAAGAGGAGCUCGCCAAGCAGGGCAUCAAGGCCAUCAUGCGCAACCUCGAGGUCGGUGACGCGCAGUGGAUUGCCAAGUGCAGCGACGCGUCGCUGCUGGCGCGCCACGGCGCCGAGGGCGAUGAGGUGGCCCUCGACUGGAUCGUGGAGCGCAAGCGCCUCGACGACCUCAUCGGCAGCAUCAAGGACGGCCGCUUCCACGAGCAAAAGUUUCGGCUGCGGCGCUGCGGCGCGACGCGCGUCGUCUACAUCAUAGAGGAGAUCGCCAUGGACGCCGCUGCGUACAGCCGCUACGAGGAGGCCGUGCAGUCGGCGAUUGCGUCGACGCAGGUCGUCAACGGGUACUUUGUGAAGCGGACCGCCAAGAUGGACGACACCAUCCGCUACCUCGCGCGGCUGACGCGCAUGCUCACGGCGCGGUACGAGCGCCACCCUCUGCACAUCAUCCCGACGAGGGUGCUCACGGCGCAAAACUACGCGCCGCUCCUCGCGCACCUGCGCGCCUCGCAGCCGGACGUCGGCCACUACGUCACGUACGGUGCGUUCGCGUCGCUCGCGUCCAAGUCGGAGACGAUGACGCUCAAGGACGUCUUCCUCAAGAUGCUCAUGACGACGCGCCGCGUCACAGGCGAGCGCGCGCUCGAGAUCCAGCGCCGCUGGCGGACCCCGUACGAGUUCGUGGACGCGUACCGGAGCUGCGGCCCCGGCGAGGCCGGCAGAAAGCGCAAGGCGGACCUGGUCUUUACCGAGCUGGGAUACCUCGUAGGCAGGAAGAAAUUUAGCAAGAGCCUCAGCCAGAGCAUCGCCGAGAUUUGGGGCGACUAUGCUUGA